UGCAGAGCUGCGCAGAGCAGCGCCGCGUGCAGCCGACCCGGGGGUCCUGUCUCUGGCGGGGUGGCCAAGUCCCAUUCACCCAAAGAGGAAGUGGAGGCCCAGAGAGGGACCAUGGGCUCCAUGUUCCGGAGUGAGGAGGUGGCGCUCGUCCAGCUCUUCCUGCCCACAGCUGCUGCCUACGCCUGCGUGAGCCAGCUUGGGGAGCUGGGCCUUGUGGAGUUCAGAGAUCUCAAUGCCUCGGUGAGUGCCUUCCAGAGACGUUUCGUGGUAGAUGUUCGUCGCUGUGAAGAGCUGGAGAAGACCUUCGCCUUCCUGCAGGAGGAGGUACGGCAGGCUGGGCUGACGCUGCCUCUGCCUGAGGGGGCGCUGCCGGCGCCCUUGCCCCGCGACCUUCUGCGCAUCCAGGAGGAGACGGAUCGCCUAGCACAGGAGCUCCAGGUCGUGCGGGGCAACCGGCAGGCCCUGCGGGCCCAGCUCCACCAGCUGCAGCUCCACUCGGCUGUACUGGGCCAGGGCCAUGGCCCCUCGUUGGCAGCCAGCCACACAGAUGGGCCCCUGGAAAGAACACCCCUGCUCCAGUCCCCCGGGGGGCCGCACCAGGACCUGAGGGUCAACUUCGUAGCAGGUGCCGUGGAGCCCCACAAGGCCGCCGCCCUGGAGCGCCUGCUCUGGAGGGCCUGCCACGGCUUCCUCAUCGCCAGCUUCAGGGACGUGGAGCAGCCGCUGGAGGGGCCCGUGACGGGUGAGCCUGCGACGUGGGUGACCUUCCUCAUCUCCUACUGGGGAGAGCAGAUCGGGCAGAAGAUUCGCAAGAUCACUGACUGCUUCCACUGCCACGUCUUCCCAUUUGUGGAGCAGGAGGAGGCCCGCCGCGCAGCCCUGCAGCAGCUGCAGCAGCAGAGCCAAGAGCUGCAGGAGGUCCUGGGUGAGACGGAGCACUUCCUGAGCCAGGUGCUGGGCCGGGUGCAGAGACUGUUGCCGCCCUGGCAGGUGCAGAUCCGCAAGAUGAAGGCCGUGUACCUGGCCCUCAACCAGUGCAGCGUGAGCACCACGCACAAGUGCCUCAUCGCCGAGGCCUGGUGUGCCACGCGCGACCUGCCCACCCUGCAGCAGGCGCUGCAGGGCAGCUCGUGUUCUCCAUCUCUAGCUGGCCGUGGCUGGAGGGUCCGAGCGUCCCUGAAAGCCCCUGCCAUCAGUCUUGUCUGUCUGUCUGCCUGCCGGGUGCCCCAGAGCGAGGCGGGUGUGAGCGCCGUGGUUCACCGCAUCCCCUGCCGGGACAUGCCCCCCACACUCAUCCGUACCAACCGCUUCACGGCCAGCUUCCAGGGCAUCGUGGACGCCUAUGGUGUGGGCCGCUACCAGGAGGUCAACCCCGCACCCUACACCAUCAUCACCUUCCCCUUUCUCUUCGCCGUCAUGUUCGGUGACGUGGGCCACGGGCUGCUCAUGUUUCUCUUCGCCCUGGCCAUGGUGCUGGCCGAGAACCGGCCAGCCGUGAAGACGGCGCAGAACGAGAUCUGGAGGACCUUCUUUGAGGGCCGCUACCUGCUCCUGCUCAUGGGCCUGUUCUCCGUCUACACCGGCUUCAUCUACAACGAGUGCUUCAGCUGCGCCACGGCUGUCUUCCCCUCGGGCUGGAGCGUGGCGGCCAUGGCCAACCAGUCGGGCUGGAGUGACGCCUUCCUGGCCCAGCAGCCGCUGCUCUCCCUGGACCCCAAUGUCACCGGCGUCUUCCUGGGACCGUACCCCUUUGGCAUCGACCCGGUCUGGAGCCUGGCUGUCAACCACCUGAGCUUCCUCAACUCCUUCAAGAUGAAGAUGUCUGUCAUCCUGGGGGUCACCCACAUGACCUUCGGGGUGGUCCUGGGAGUCUUCAACCACAUGCACUUCGGCCAGUGGCACCGGCUGCUGCUGGAGACCCUCCCCGAGCUGGUCUUCCUGCUGGGGCUGUUCGGCUACCUCGUCUUCCUGGUCGCCUACAAGUGGCUGCGAGUCACGGCCGCCAGCGCGGCCUCGGCCCCCAGCAUCCUCAUCCACUUCAUCAACAUGUUCCUCUUCUCCAGCAGCCCCACAAACCGGCCACUUUUCUCCGGGCAGGAAGUGGUGCAGCCCACGCUGGUGGUCCUGGCCCUGGCCAUGGUGCCCGUCCUGCUGCUUGGCACGCCCUUGUUCCUGCACCGGGAGCACCGCCGCUGCCACUCUCGGAGGAGGCAACAGCCGGAUAAGGACACAGCCGGGCUUCUGGACCUGCCUGACACGUCCCUGGCCAGCCAGGGCUCUGAUGAGGAGAAGGCAGGAUGCCCAGGGGACCAGGCGGAGGCCGAGUUUGUCCUGUCCGAGGUGUUCAUGCACCAAGCCAUCCACACCAUCGAGUUCUGCCUGGGCUGCAUCUCCAACACGGCCUCCUACCUGCGCCUUUGGGCCCUGAGCUUGGCCCACGCCCAGCUGUCACAGGUCCUGUGGGCCAUGGUGAUGCGAGCCGGCCUGAGCCUGGGCGGCGAGAUGGGUGUGGCGGCUGUGGUGCUGGUCCCCGUCUUCGCCGCCUUCGCCGUGAUGACUGUGGCCAUCCUGCUGGUGAUGGAGGGGCUCUCGGCCUUCCUGCACGCGCUGCGGCUGCACUGGGUGGAGUUCCAGAACAAGUUCUACUCGGGUACUGGCUACAAGCUGAGCCCCUUCACCUUCGCCGUGGAGGGUGAAUAGUGCCCACAGCCCUGCCCUUGCCUUGCUGAGCAGGGAAGAAAUAAAGGGGAAGGCCCAGG